AUCAGAUCAACAACCAUCCAGCAAAAUGUUCGCCGAAGCAGCUCUUAUUUCCAACUCGAUCGAAGUGUCGGAAAAGCCAUCUCUCACCGGCGCCUCUACCAACAUGAAGAAACUGUUGAAGACCAUCAAGAAGAUCUUCAAGAACUCUAAACCUUCAAAGGAGAUCCCGAUCUCCAACGUCCUUUACUCCUGCGCCACCGAGGAGGAGCACCAGAAUUGGCUCAACGAACAACUUGAGGCCAAGACAAUCAGCCUUCUCUGCUGAGUUCUUCUGGGCAUUCUCCUCCAUUGAGUAACUGUGAUGUGACCCCACUGAAAGGUCAAAAAAUCUGCACUUCGGCUUUAAACUCCAACUGUGAUGACGAGAACACGAGACUGGCUUGUGUGCCUUGGAAGCGCCCAACUUCGUCGCUUCCACCAACUGUACAUAUCAAACUAGCUGAUAAAAUGUCUUCAAUAAUGCUUUAAUUUAGCCUAAGUUCGUAGCUGUAAUCAUUGUCUUCCAUUAGAGUUAAGCGAAUCAUUG